UCAAUCACUUUCGCGAGAUAUUUUCUAAUUUGAUAACAAAAAAUAAUUGAAACAACAAUAAAAUUAUGUUUUCCUGAUAAAAGCAAGACUCAAUAACAUAAGUGUAUAUCGUACCACCGUUUGUGAUGCAUUUGAUACCUAGUUAAUAAGUGAUUUUAGUUAAUUAGUCGUGUUAUUACAAACCAAUCAGGCUACACAAUGACUGACUACACAGUUAGGAUAGCGGCUGAAUCUCUGCUGGGAGGCAGUUCGCAGUAUAGGACGUUAUCUCAUUCACAAUCUGUCAACCUGGUGACAGAAGACCUGGUGGCAGGCCACCGGCCAGAUGGCAGGAUGUCGACAGUCAGGCGGUUUUUCUGUCUGUUCGUCACCUUUGAUCUGCUGUUCACUAGUCUCAUGUGGCUCAUAUGUGUUAUGAUGAAGGGUGAGACCCUAGAGCAGAUAGUAAAUAGAGAAAUAGUACAUUAUAGCAUUAAAGUAUCUCUAUUCGACAUAGUUCUGGUGGCGAUAUGUAGGUUCUUCUUAUUGUUGCUGUUCUACGGCGUGCUGUAUAUACAUAACUGGAGCGUUAUAGCGCUCACCACGUCAGGGACGUGCGCCUUUUUGAUAGCCAAAGUUUUUGUAUACGACUGGCCGAACGCGGCAGAGCCAGUGUUCCAAGUGUUCCUAAUCCUGGCCUCGUUCACGCUGUCCUGGGGCGAGGCCUGGUUCCUGGACUUCCGAGUACUACCCCAGGAGUUGCAGGCCAAGCAGAUCAUAGAGGCUAUAGGCCACCAUAACCAGAGCUCAGAGCGGACGCCGCUAUUACUCGGCAAGCCUCAAGGCGUGGCGUCCACCGUCGGCGAAUCUACUGCCCAUUGGUUUUCACCAGUAGACUCACCAGCCGGCACACCACGGCCCGGGAUACAUCAGCUAAUACUGACACAAGAACAGAUAGACGAAUACAAGCGAAUGGCGGAAGAGAGUAUGCAGCACGCGUACAAAGUGAUCACACUGCCGAACUGGAAGUUCGAGAAACGGGGCGUUACCAAGGGGGACAUAGUGGAAACUAGGCAGACGGAGGCGUUUGGGAAAGUGUACCGGUUUACCGGCCUAGUAGACUGCCCUGCGGAGUUCCUGUUCAGAGAGUUCAAAGAGAACGUCACCAAACUGCCGGACUGGAACCCGACCAUACUGCGGAGUGAACUCAUCAAGGAGAUCGGACCAGGGAUAGAUCUGUCGUACCAAGUGACGGCCGGCGGCGGGAAAGGGAUCAUCGCGCCUCGAGACUUCGUCAUACUGCGGCGUUGUGCGCCGCUCAACAAACAGGGUAUGGUGGUGGAAUCGGACCCCUACAGCUACAUCAGCAGUGGGGUUAGUGUCACCGUGCCCGGAUAUCCCCCCAACAAGGAAUUCGUCAGGGGUAACAACAAAGUGGGUUGUUGGUACUUGAAGCCAGUCCUGGUGAGAAUGCCGGAUGGCACGGAAACUUACCAAACGCAGUUCCAGUGGCUCAUGUGCUGUGAUCUCAAAGGUAAAAUACCUCAGUUCGUGCUCGACGCCGCCUUCGCGACAGUGAUGUUGGACUAUAUCGUUCAUGUCAGGAAAUUCACGGCCGAAGCCAGGGCAAAAGGCUUGUUCUAACUUUAAUAUUAUUUAACCCUUUGAGCUACUUGCACCAUUCACUAGCCCGGGGUUAACCGGUUAAACCUGGAGUAACCAUGGUUACCAAUUUACAUUUUUCGCCGUAUUACAAAUGAGCUUACUCCAAAAACAACCUUAGUGCAAAAGUUUAAACAUAUAUUUGACGUCGACUGUACAAUUUGAAACUGGGUUAACGGUUUAACCGGUUAACCCCGGGUUAGUGGGACCCUUAGGCCCACUUACACCAUUCCAGUAACCAGGGGUUAACCGGUUAAACCUGCAGUCACCAUGGUUACCAGUACAAUUUGACACUGGGUUAACGGUUUAACCGGUUAACCCCGGGUUAGUGGGUCCCUUAGGCCCGCUUACACCAUUCCAGCAACCCGGUGUUAACCGGUUAAACCUGCAGUCACCAUGGUUACCAGUACAAUUUGACACUGGGUUGACGGUUAAACCGCUUAACCCCGGGUUAGUGGGAUGGUGCAAUUGGCGCUUAGAGCCCCACACUAGCGUCUCCCGAGCGUCGUGUACUCAACACUAUGGCAGACGACGUAACGUUAGCGCAACUGUGCAGCGACGCCAUUUUCCAUAGAGCUCGAUGCUACAGUUCGUUUUUUUUAGCAUUAGAAAUAAGGUAAACAAUCUUGAUGUGUCUUUUAAUUGAAAAACACAUUUUAAAAAUAAGUUACGGCAAAUAUGUAACAAUUAUGAAUCUAAUACGAUCAUUUAUAUUCUUCUGCUUUCAUAAGUCAUAGUUUUUGAUUAUUAAAAAGCGUUUUUCAAUUAAAAGACAUAUCAAGAUCGCUUACCUUCUUGCAAGUUCUUUCUAAUGCUAAAAAAAACGAACUAUAGAUGUCGACUACGAUAAUAAUAUUCUUUUCACCACACCAGCUCGGAAAGGCUUACUUUCCACUUCAAAAACUGAUAGCAAAGUUGCAUUUUAUUCACAUGUGAGGCAAAGUAAUCAAAUGCAAAUUCUGAGUUGUUUUCUUGUGUUUGCUGGUAGAAUAGACUUUUAAAUGAUGAUUUUGGAUGAUAAAUAUUUAAUAACAUUCAUUUGGAUUCGAUUUUGUUUGAUAUUUUACAUUUAAUAUUUGCUUCGGGUUGGUGUGGUGAAAAAUUUUGUGUUUCACUCGGGGGCAAAUUUUGUUUAACCCUCAUGCUUUGAAACCCUAGCAACGCUUAAGAUUCCAUUUUUCGAUCCACUCGCUACGCUCGUGGUUCAAUUUUGGAAUUUUUCGCUUGCUCGGCUAUCAAUAUUAGCACGAGCGGUUAAACAACAACUUUGCCCCCUUGUAAAACAAAUAACAGUAUCAAGUGAGCACUCUGUAUUUUUUCCGCUAAGGCCCACUUGCACCAUUCCACUAACCCGGGGUUAUCCGGUUAAACCUGGAGUUACCAUGGUUACCAGUACAAUUUGACACUGGAUUAACGGUUUAACCGAUUAACCCCGGGUUAGUGGAAUGGUGUAAGUGGGCCUAAGGGUGGUAUUCUACCUAUCCCAUUUCUAUGUCCAAUGUGUAUUGCGUCUCACAUGUUGCUUUAAUGAGAGAGUGAGACGCACUGACAUUGGACAAAGUACCUAAUUGGAGUCUUAAUGUUCAACACACUGUAUCUCUCUUAUAGUUUUAAACAGUGUAGACUAGAGAUGCACCGGAUAUCCGGUUACUAUCCGGUAUCCGGCCUAUCCGGCCAUUAUUUUACUAUCCGGCCGGAUACCGGAUAGUAACAUUGCUUGAUUUCGGAGUAAACAAAUUGGAUUUAAGUAACAGACACGGCCAUAAUCGUACUUGUUUAUUAUUUUAAAACAUUUUAAUUAUUCCACUGACUUGCACGCGCACUCAUUUCGAACCUAAAAAUGAGUCCGCGCGAAGAUUUACUAGGAAACAGGUCAAACUUGCAGAAUGCGCACCUGAAAAAUCGAAAUGUAGGUAUAGUUCCGCCGGCCGAAUAUCCGGCGGCCGGAUACCGGAUAUUCGGCCAGUGUCCAGGCCGGAUAUCCGGUAUCCGGUAUCCGGCCAAACAACUAUCCGUUGCAUCUCUAGUGUAGACAUAAUUUUGAACACUUCGACCGUUUAGUUACCUCUGUUAUUAAAGGGAUAUACGACGGUUAGAUACUUUUGGCAACUAAGCUGCAGAGCCACACAGUACAACAAAUUUGCAUUUUUGUAACAUAAUGUAUUUGGAAUCACCAGCUUUUACUUUGUACAAAUGUACUUUAAGUACAGUCAGCGGCAGAAGCUGCUAAGCGGGCGAGGUGUUCACAAUGAUCUUGACACGACCUUAUUGUUAUGAGAAUAAGAGCGUGUCAAGGUAAUUUUGAACACCUCGCUAGAUUAACAACUUCUGCUACUGACUGUACCUAAAGCUAUUUUAAAUUGAGUAUAAUUGUUUAAAUUUUAAUACUCUGUACCUACUUAUUUACCAUGUUCGCUACAAAACCGUAUUGAGAAUAUAUACCGGGUGUGGCCUGUAACACGAGCAAAGAAUUAAAACAUAGAUUGUACUCCUCAAACGGUGACACUUUUGUUCAACAACUUUUAAAAAUUAUGAAGUAUUUAGACUCAUAUUUUUCAUACAAAAAAAAUAUUAUCUUCAAUGGACGCCAUCGCCACCCAUUGUGAUUGACGUUGCUUGUCACGCCUUAAACAUAACAAAAUUCGCAAUACAUUGCGUCUUAGAAUAAACUUUAAAGUGUAUUAAAAAUCAAACCUCAGGUUAUUUUUAAAAGUCGCUGAACAAAUGUUGGUCAGUAUGAGGAGUACAGCCUACAGUUUAAUUUUUUGCUCAUUAGAAGCCACACCCGGUAUAAAGUAAGGACGCUUGCCACAGGGAAUUACGUACAAAGACCCACCUGUAGGUAUCUCUAUUGCACGCGCAUAAUUAUAUUGCUAUCACGCUCGCACAGUGUAUCGACCGCCGGCCUUGCUUAGAGCAUUUAAUAACUGGAGUCUUAGAGGAUAUAACCAACGGAGACGCCAUGUCUAUAAUUUUCGGUACAAAAUAGUCUGCCGUUUUUUGCGGGGGAGGGGCACAUCAAAUGUAUACGUAACGUAAACAUAACCAUGUCAGAUAAAGGUCAGUCCAUACAUGUGGUUGACCAUUGGCCGCCUAUUUUCGACAGAGGGGAACGCCGGUUAAUGACCACUCCGUUUGGUUAUAUUCUCUAAGACUGGAGUAGCCUUUAAGAGCUUACUCCUCUGCCGAAAACCUUGCACAAUUGUGCAAACUUUUGUAUGAACUGACAUGGCUAUUUGUACGUUACGUAGAAAUCAUAUAGAAAUAGCAAUACAUUUGACGUCCCCUCCGCCACAAAAAUCAGCAGACUGUUUCGUACAAAAAAUGACAGCCAUGACGCCUGCAACUCCAUGCAUCAUGGAGUUGCAGGCGUCCAUAGGCUACGGUGACUGCUUACCAUCAGGCGGAGCCGUACGCUUGUUUGCCACCGAUGUGGUAUUAAAAAAAAUCAUUGGCGAGACAGCAAUAUAGUUACGCGCGUGCGACAGAGAUAGGAACAGGUGAGCCAAUGUACGAUAUUCCUCGUGCUAUGCGUCCUUACUUUAAAUGUUAGUUAUCCAUGCCAUUGUCAAAGAAAUACUAAGGCUCACUUGCACCAUUCCACUAAUCCGGGUUAACCGGUCAAACCUGGAGUUACCAUGUUACCAGUACAAUUUGACACUGGGUUAACGGUUUAACCCCGGGUUUGUGGGAUGGUGAAAAUAUGCCUAAGUGUAAAGCAACUCAGUGCAAAAUGUUGUAGCUGAAUCUUUGGUAGCUAAAAUAGAUGGCGCUUUACAGAGAAGUUACCGCAAAAAGUACUCCUUGCAGCGCCAUCUACUUCAGCUGCAAUAUUCUGCAUUAAAGAAAGUACGCUUAGAACGAGGAAUUUUAUACACUGACCCGCCUAUUUCUAUCUCUAUCGCACGCGCUUUGUUAUAUUGCUGUCCCGCCCAUGAUGCCGUCCGUCAGUGACACUGCGAGCGAGAAAACAAUAUAAUUAUGUGUGUGCGAUAGAGGUAGCAACAGGUGGGGUUAAUGUACGAAAUUCUUUAUGAUAAGCGUCCUUUCUUUACUUGCUUAAUAAUAUCUUGUUCUACAGAUGUAGUGUAUAAUUAUUUUCCAUCGUAUUUUCACGGAAACAUACGAACGUGUCUUGCUAUUUCAGUCAGUCUCGGUACAAAAAGUACUGAGGUUGACUGAAGUAGCAUGACAAAUACCAAAGACAUAUGUAACUUCGUAUAAGAUGAAUAAAGUCUAAGAAAAAAACGUGCCUCGGAAAUAAAAAAAAAGUCAUUCUCGGAUAGAUGGCGCACACACCUUUAGCUUUUUCUCGGCUAGAUGGCGUGACGACACCGUUUCAUAUUUAACAAUUUUAACAUAUAGAUAUCAGUGAAUGAACAUGGAUCAAAAUGAUAUAAAAAUAAUAAAAUCAUUUAUCCAUAUAUAUUCAUUUUUUGGUAAUUUUAUACGUGUUUAUUUUGAGUUGUAGUCGUGUGUCGAUAGAUGGCAGUUUUACAAUGACUACAACAUUUACUAUAGUCGCACCAAUAAAAGUCUGCAGCGGAUUUGAUAGCCCACGCAGUGGAAGUGUUAUUUAUACGUCAUAAUUUCAUAGAAGUUUGACGUUUAAAAUGACACUUGCACUGCGUGGGCUAUCAAAAUCGCUGUAGACUUUUUACGGUCUAACUCUAUGACAGGACCCCUCUAUACUAUCUAUUCUUUUUGCUAAUACGAACGUUUCCGAGGAAAUACGAUGGAAAACAAUUAUAUAUGCACUAUAUCUGUACGUAUAUAUUAACCCCUUAUUCAUAAACGCCCUACAAAACUCAAUUAGCUAAAUAAUCGUUUAUCCUUUUCUGUCUUUUAACUUAUGUAUUUGUAAGAAAGGGAUGAAACAUAAUUUAACUAAAUCAGGCCCGCAAAGUUUUGUGAAUAAGGCCCACUUGCACCAUUCCACUAACCUGGGAUUAAGCGGUUAAACCGUUAACCUAGUGUCAAAUUGUACUGGUAAACAUGCUAACGCCAAGUUUAACCGGUUAACCCCGGGUUAGUGGAAUGGUGCAAGUGGGAAUAAGGGGGUUAUAGUUUAUUAACUACAGAACCAAAGUUCAAGAAAACGCAGUUGUACAGUCACCAGCAAUAAUAUGUUGAUCUUCGAAGGCCGCAAAAAUAUGUGACACGCUCUUAUGGCUCUACAAAUAAGAUCGUGUCAGAUAUUUUUGCGGCCUUCGUUGUGUAACAUAUUAUUGCAGGUGACUGUACUGCUUGUAUAUUAUAAGUUUCACCAAUAGAUUUAAGGUUAAAACGCUUGUAUAAUAUAUAAAUAAUUAUUUUUAAGUGGAAAUUAAAGAUUUUUUGUACUGAA